UAACCCUACCAAAGGAAGGAAUGGAAAGUUGGGAAAUAAACGAACAACUAGCUGCUGCCAUUACUGCUGGUCAACUGACUCUGCACGCCAAUGCAUUCUUUCGGGUUUGUGCAAAACAUUUGAUGCGUACACAUCCCAAAAAUCGUACGAAGGGGCAUUAUCGAACAUAUGCAGAGAUGAUCGUGAAUAAGUAUAGUUGCCUUAAAGACCGAAACGCAUCUUGCCCAUACAUUACCGUGAAAGAAAAAGUUGGCAAAGCCAUACAGAACUUGACUCACAACACUAAAACCAAACUUGUAAGAAAAUUGAAGAGAGACAAUGUGAAAGCUGCAGCUGCUGCUGAUGCUUCUCGUGGUGGGGCUGGUGCAAUGGCGAUGCCAUCAGGACGACUCCCAAGAUUUCCAGCAGCACAAGAGCUGACUACUGCAGAUAAAGACGCAGCUACCUACGCUGAUGAACAGCUUCAACUUACAACAGAGUUUUAGGCAAGACGUGCAUACGUGAAUGGCAAUAA